GGCCAUUAGAUACCAAAGAGUGUUUUCACGUGGCUCAUUGAAAAUGUCAUUUCAAUACUUGUAGUGGAGCCUUAGUUAGCAACAACAAUAAGUUACUUCUUUCAAUUACCAUGAUUCGAAAAAUUACUCCUAAUUCUAUAUAGUUUUAGACAACAGCUAGCCUAUAUUCACGUCAAAGUAAACAUAUAAUAAUCUAGUUGAGGAUUACAACAUUAUAUAUUGAAUUUAUUAUUAGGAUAAAAAGAAUCUAGCGAGUGUCAACAAAAGAAAGUUUUGGCGAUAUAUAAUGAAUAAAUUAAGAAUUUGAGGCCUGGAGGAUGAAGCUAUAUUUUGUGGUAAUAUUAUUUAUAUAGAAACUAAAUGUAUUAUGUAAUGAUGAUAGAUAAAUUCAUUAUUUAAUUAUUGUUUGAUGGUAGAAAUAGUGAUCCAUAUUGAUUAAUGUUAGUGAAAAAUCUCACCAACAAUUAACUAUUGUAUUAAGGAUUAAAAAAUCGUAUCGUACCAAUGGUUCGAUCAAAAAAAUCUCAUACUGGAAGCGAAAUUAGUAGAAGAUUUAGCGGUAUGAAAUGGUUGAACCACGAUUAAACCACGUUUUCAACAUAAAAUAUCCUACCAUUGACUUGUCCGAUAUAACUUUUGGUAUGAUUUAGAUGUACAUAUUUUCUUCCGACCCACCUUAGUAUGCACUGCCUCCGCCACUGGAUGGAAACUCACUUUCUUCGGAAAGACCCUACCCAACUGCGAUGCUAGAUUCUUUGCAAUUAUUUUGAAAAACACUUGGCACAAUUCGAUUGGUCAAAAUUGUAACAUGGAGGCAUUGGGUACUUUGGACAUCAAGGAAGUGUAGGUGUGGUUAAAGAUGUAGGAAAAAAUGGAUCGAAAUGCUCACAAACUCUCUUAUUGCUUCACCUUCCCACAAAUCACAAAUACUCAAACACUCUCUUCUUUCUUUCCUCUUAUUUGCUUUGAUUUGCUUGGGAUGAAAAAACCAUACACAAAUCAUGGCUAUUUAUAGCCAAGUUCCAACAUUAAAUUGUGGCUUAUACUUUGUCACACUUAACUACCACUUCACACCUACUUAACUCCACAAAUAUCUACCCAUUUGUGGUUCUUUUUUUUCUUUUCGUAAUCCAUAACUACCCACAUUAAUACAAGUUCUAGAUAACUCCACACACUUCAAAACUAUAACUUGUUGUGAUGUUACAUUUUUUUUAAUUAAACAUUAUUUUUCAAUACUUGAUGACUCGAUAUUUGCACAUGUUUCCCCUUUGUUUCUUGAUCGUUUAAGCUUGCAUUAUUGCUUCUUUGACCUAUUUUAUGUUAGGUUGUGUUCUUUUGUCACAUUUUAGGUCCUAGUGAGUAAAUGGAGGCAUAGGCGCAAGUUUCAAGUCAGUCGGAGAUCAAUUGGCGAUUCGGGAGAAGAAACUCGGGCAUGACCUGAAGAAAAAUGGAUUUCUACCUCAUUUAUGGACAAAUAAUCAUGCAAUAUUGACAUGAAAAGAAAUAGGACGAGACUAAGAGCGUCUAGGAUCAAACGAAAACAUAUUCGGAGUCCAGACGAGGAAGAAACGAAGCAUUGAAUAUAGGGAACAGGUUUGGCGGAAGAAACACGGGAAGACUACCCUAAAAACACGGACGUGUUUCAUCUGGCACCUGCCAGUGUUUUUUAUGUCGAGCCUCUCUUGAUAAGACUGCUGAAGGGAUUUAAAACACGGGCGGGACCAAAACACGGGCAUGACUAAACACGGUCGUGUUCCCGAUCGUAUUCCCGCCCCGUGCUUGGGUAUAAGUCUAUUUUCUGCGAUUUUUGAGAGGGGAGAGUUGGGUUUCGGAUCUAAAACAUCCAAGGGACGAAUCAAAGAGAGAUAGGGCGAUUUGUGGGCACUCUUGAAGUGGAAUUGGAGGAUUUCUUUGCCUUGGAAGCUCGAGGAACAAGCCCGGACUUGAAGACUGAUCAUCUGAAGAUUCUUACUGCAGUCUCUCUUCUCUAUGGAGUAACUUCCCUUCACUUAGGGUUUGAGGAACCCUAGCUAUGUUUGUUUGAUUGGAUGAUUUUAUGAGUACUCUUACUUGAUAAUCUUGAGUUCGUAUUCAAUCUAUGCAUGUUUUCAUGAUUCAAUUCUGCUUUAGUCAAGAUUAUUGAUUCUGCUUUGAUCCUAUGAGAGCGAAUACCUGAUUAGGUCAAUAGAGCGCCAUAGAUUGAUAGUAUUGGAUCGAUUGCUUUAUUCGAUGGUCAAUUCACUACUUUGUAUCGAUUGAUAACCUCAUUUGAUAGAGGUAAUCUAGUUCAGAACGCCUUGAUCGGUUGUUAUAGAGAAGGAUACGUCCCUCUAGGCAAUUGAAUCAAGAGGGCCUUAUUCCUUUAGUCGAGACUCAAGGUCUAGUUGAGGAUUCUCCGCAUUGUGAAUGAAAGUGAAACAGGUUAAAGAUCAUCAAUCAUUAAUCUGGCUAGUGGCUAGGGGGAAUCAUACCUAAGUGAGUUCCCAACCUGUAAUUAGAUUAACUUUAACUGUAGUUUGCUAGAGUAGUUUUAGUUGUUCUAUCUUAAUCUGGUUUGCUAGAUAAUGAACUGAAGCUAAGUAAUAGUAACUCUAGAGACCCGUGGAUUCGAUAUUUAUUACUUGAGCCACUAUACCGCAGUCCCUUUUAUUGGUUACACUUGGCCUUUGUUAGGAGUUUUGUCAUACUCAUAGCGAGUCAAGUUUUUGGCGCCGUUGACGGGGACUUUCUAGAUUAUUAGGAAAGUCAGAAGUUUGUUAAUUUAGCUUUUCUUUCUGUUGUUUUUCUAUUCCACCCUUGCUUUUCACUUGGGUGUUUUUGUUUUUGUUGGUGCAGAUCUCAAUCAUGGAUCCUAAUGGCUUCUCCAACUAGUGGGGGUAUCCACCACCACCCGAGUGGUAUUACCCCGAGACUUCCUGGAGAAAUCAAGGAGGGGAAGACUAUGGAUUCGGGUUUCAGUAUCAACCCCCCUACUAUGAAGAACAAUCAGACCCCUGGUCAUUUCAAGAACAAUCUUCUUAUCAAGAAGAAUUUCUCCCACAAUCGGAAGGGCCAUCGGAGUUGGAGUUAGCCAUGGCGGCCUUCACGGGCCAUUCUGCAGAGCCAUACUACACUCCACGACCAGAUCCAAACUAUGAAUUGAGGCUUCUCGUGGAGCAGUUUGCUCGAGACACUGAGAGAUCAUACUCCAAGAUGGAUCUUUGUACCCAGGCCUAUCACAAAACAGAGGAGAUCCUCCUGAGCAUUAAGAAGAGCCUCAAGGAUCUUGAGAAAUCUUAUGCACAACCUUCUCAAGAUCACCCUUCUGCUACUAUACUAGAAGAGGAGGAGGAAGACGAAGGCUAUAAAGACAUUGUGGAGCAGACAAAAGUUGUCACGGAGAGCUCCCGUGAUGAUAAUGAUAAAAAAAUGUCUUGUCGUAGCCGACCACACCUUCUCACAUCCCACACCGAGAUUUGAAGAGGUGGGCAUGAGCAAGGAUACGCAAGAUGGUCUCAUGAAAUAAAUUGCUUGGCGACUUGCUCUCCAAUCCGUGCUAGAAGAAGAAGAGCGAGAAAGGAUGGGGAAAGAAGUUGUGGAAGAUGACGGAAGUGAAUUAGAGGAAGUUCUUGAUAUUUUCCCAGGGGAAAUACCACAUUUUGAAGAAGGAAGGGGAUUGAAAGAGCAAUUGGCGUCCAUGCUGGGGAUGAAGUUGACGUGGAAGAGGCUUGCACCGGCCCUAUUUUACAAGUAAUAUCCCCACCAAUCUUCGAGGAACUGCUUGGCAAGGACCCGUUUGCAGUGUCUCUUUGACAGACCAAGGCCACAUCGACAUCGUUCCCUAUUGGUGGACGCGAUGUUGGUCAGUCGAUACAGUUAUAUCUGGUUUGGGGCAAUGAGACAAGAGAAGAAACGAAGAAGAGGUCUUGAGGGUGGAGAGUCUGGAGACUUCAGUUGCAUAAAGUGCAUGAGCAUUCAUCACCUGUCAUACCACAUGCUUGUGACUUGAGACUCCACCUCAUCGACGAGAACCUCAACUUCAAAGAGGUUUUGGGGUGGAGUGAAACUUAGGAGCCAUCGUCUGACUCACGGCGUGAAAGAAGCGCUUGUUGGGAGGCAACCCAACUAGUCGGUUUGCAUUUCUUUCCCUAUAUGUACUCGGUUGAGUAAGUUUUGGUCUUUGAUUUUAGAGUCAAUAACUCAACCUUUGUGAGAUUUUGUGUGGUGUUUGUGUUCCGACUACUCUCUCCUCCUGGAAUGCACCGCCUGCCCCGUCCACCAUCAUUCACACUUGAUCUGGUAACUUCGUUCUACCCUCCUUAUCUUUCCUCCAUUGAGGACAAUGGCGUGCUUAUGUGUGUGUGUGUGGGGGGGGGGGGGGGGGGAUGUUCGAUUAUAUAUGUGUGUGAAUGUUUGGUUGUAUGUGUGUGCUUGGAGCCUAGUCCACUGUCUAAAUUUUUAAAUUUAAGGGCUCCAAGUACGUGUUCCCUGCAAUUUCCUGCUCAGUAUGCUUUGAAUUGACAGCCUUUAUAGUACUAUGCAACCUAGAGAGGUAGUUGUAGCACUAUGGAGGAUGCUGAAGUAUAAGAUUUAUCCUAUCUGUCUCCUUGUUGUGCCGGUUGAUUGUGUGAACUAGUGGCUUUAGAACCUUUGAUUCAUGUGAUAUAGAUGACUUCCGUUGUGUUUGGACUAUUGUAUCAUGAGAAGGUGCGCAGUGUACUUAAUGAAACGCAGUUGGUCCCCCAUGGCAAUAAUCUGACAUCUUAAACAUGGGGUAAGCCCAACGUGUGUGGCACCGUUCAUUGCACAAAAUCCGAUUUUGGGAGAGAUUUUAGUGAUCCUUAGUGGGGUACUCCUACAAGUUGUCUCUAGUACAAGUAAAAUUUUCACCCGUUGACGGUUUGCCUACUCAAGGAUGUAUUUUUAAGGGUACAGAUAGAGCUUCUGACCCCCCUUAAUUUCAUUGACCCUCCGCACGAAUUGAGGAAAAGAAGUACCAUGGCGAGCGACAGAUGUACAGAAAUUUCUUUUGCUAAACCAAUAAGGGUCGACCGCGCAUAAAUGCAGUUGGAACCCCAACAACAAAUGAAAUGAAAGAAAAAAAAGGAAAAAUUGAGAAAAAGGGAUUCCAACAAAUGAAAUGAAAUGAGAAGA